AUGCUCCGCGAUGGAGAAGAAACCCCCUCCAGAUUCGAAUUGUUGAGCAUGGUGAAGAAGCAUUCGAGCUUGUUAGGGAAAACCGUAGUUGACGCGGACGAUGUUUCCGAUGUCGAAAUGGACCACAAAUUUUGGCAUGAUGUAUUGGAUUUGUAUUUCAUUCGUGGCAAGGACUCCAGGGGACGCCAGGACGAUGAUCUCGUGUUCUUUGUCAGAAAAUUGAGCUCUUAUGGGCAUGGUUCCAGUGACGAAAGUGUUUCUCCUUACUUUGUACGCAGGUGGGCACCUAAGUUGGAUAAUUUGAUCGGCGAAAAUAAUGUGGAGGUGGAUUGGAGGCGUUCGUAUUACUUGAACUUGAUUGCUCACACUUCAUUUACUGUCACAGUGGCUAUUUGCAGUCAUCAGGACCUUCGGAAUCAUCAAGCUGAGCAGGGUACUCCAUUAUCUCCAAUAUAUAAGGUCGUAAAGACUGUUUAUGCAUCUCCAAGCCGUGUCAAUUUUCAAUUGGACUCAAGAAAGGAAGUGGAGACAACACCUGCUUAUCCAGAUAUUUGUUUCGCAAUUGAUGACUUCGACUCCACUUUUGAUGCUGUGGUCUUGACUGAAACAGACCAUUGCUAUUGUGUAAUUCUCAAUGCACAUGAUGGGGCAGCAUUUCCCAGGGUAAAGGAAGAAGAUGGUUGCAGUUCCAGUGAUAGUUCCUCUUUGAGGGUUGAGACUAAUUCUUCAAAGACAAAAAAUACUAAGCUGACUCUUUUUUCAGGAUUUGUCAGCUAUCAAAUGGUUCGAGAUGCAUAUGAUGCUGGCAAGUCUCGAUUUGGGAACCUUCUUGGUCAUUCCCCUGGCAAACAAGACAGACUUUACAUGAAAGGUCCUGGAGGACGUGGCGAAGUUGAAGUAGCUGUUUCCGGUGUUGCAGAUCAAAGCCAACAAGAUCUAGGUCCUUUUUCACCUGUUAUAUCUAAGCAAGGAUUUGGAAUUGGCUCCAUUGUUCGUAAAGCGGCUUCUGUUGCAUCUGUGGCUGCAAAGAAUGCCUAUGCAGCUGCUGCUUCUAGCCAUAGUUUUGAUGAUGAGAUGGUACCUCUCAAAUGCUGCUUAAUGUCCAUUACAUUACCCUGGGAACACAUUGCAUAUGAUCUUCUCUUUAAGGUGAGGUUGUUGUUCCCAGCUGCUAAUGAAUGA